AUGAGCGACAAGGAACGCUUGUUUUCGGAAUUUUACUCUGAAGUAAAGAUAAUAGAGCAAAGAGACUCAACUCUUACACCGAAACAACAAAUUGACAGACUAAAUAGACCCGGGUGCACAUACUUCAACCUUAAUCCAUUUGACGUUUUGCAAGUCGAUCCAGAAGCGAAGAUGUCUGACAUCAAGUCAAGGUACCGGCAGAUGUCUCUUCUCGUGCAUCCAGACAAAAAUCAGGAUGACGCCGAGAGGGCGCAAAAAGCCUUUGAUGCUGUCACGAAAGCGUACAAAACUCUUGAAAACAAUGAGAGUUACCGGAAAUGUCUGGAAGUUGUUCAGGAGGCAAAGGAUCGUGUCAUUCAAAUGGUUUCAGAGAAACGCAUCAAAGCUAAAGGCCAGACCAUAGAUGAAGACGAUCCAGCUAAGUACAGACAUGCUGUAUAUGUGCAAACGUGCAAACUCUUUGCAGAUCUAGAACGCCUUCGUGUGGAUGAAGAGACAAAACAACAGAAUGAAAGAAAAAGGAAGGCGGAAGAAGAGGAAAUGCAUCGCUUCCGUGUGCAAUACGACAGGGAAUGGCGUGAUAACUAUGAAGAAAGCCGGAAGGACCGAGUGAGAAGUUGGCGCAACUUCACUGCAAAGAAGGCCAAGAAGGGUGAGAGCUUGGGCGGCUUCAAGCCACCCAAAACGCGCAUGGAACAGCGCCCUAACUGA